AUGCUGGCUAGAAUCAGUUAUGUUGAUAACGUUAACACCUACGUAAACACCGUGUUCCUCUAUGUAUCGUCAGUCCAUUCAUCGCGUAAUGGUGCACAAAACAUUGUCUCACAAGUACGAAAAUUGUAUCUUUUAACCGUUGCGUACUACAUCAUGGGUUAUGACUCCUGGUUACUUUGUAACAAUGUGACGCGACAUCGCAUGGCUCUAUUGUUCAGUAAGGCAACGCGCUGUUUGAAGUAUUUCGUAGGAACAAAUAGACAAUGGAACAAAAUUUCCCAAAGAUGGAUCAAACUUUUCAGGUACACCCGAUCGUACUUUAAAGAGAAGAUACACAAGAAUUUUCUUUUUUUCCCUUUUCCUGAAGUGUUCCCGUUCGAAAUGUGGCUUCUUUAUAAACUACUUGGCAUGAAUGAAUUGGCUACGGCCAAAAGCAACAUUAUCGAUAUAUUGUAA